AUGGGGGACGAGGACGAGGACGAGGGCUGUGCCGUGGAGCUGCAGAUUACCGAAGCCAACCUGACGGGGCACGAGGAGAAGGUAGGCGUGGAGAACUUCCAGCUGCUCAAGGUGCUGGGCACGGGAGCCUACGGGAAGGUGUUCCUGGUGCGGAAGGCGGGCGGGCACGACGCGGGCAAGCUGUAUGCCAUGAAGGUGCUGCGCAAGGCAGCCUUGGUGCAGCGUGCCAAGACACAGGAGCACACACGCACCGAGCGCUCCGUGCUGGAGCUGGUGCGCCAGGCACCCUUCCUGGUCACGCUGCACUACGCCUUCCAGACUGACGCCAAGCUGCACCUCAUCCUGGACUAUGUGAACGGCGGCGAGAUGUUCACCCACCUCUACCAGCGCCAGUACUUCAAGGAGGCCGAGGUGCGCGUGUAUGGGGGCGAGAUCGUGCUGGCUCUGGAGCACCUGCAUAAGCUGGGCAUCAUCUACCGAGAUCUGAAGCUGGAGAAUGUGCUUCUGGACUCCGAGGGCCAUAUUGUCCUCACCGACUUUGGGCUUAGCAAGGAGUUCCUGACAGAGGAGAAAGAGCGGACCUUCUCCUUCUGCGGCACCAUCGAGUACAUGGCCCCUGAAAUCAUCCGCAGCAAGUCGGGCCACGGCAAGGCUGUAGACUGGUGGAGCCUUGGCAUCCUGCUCUUCGAGCUGCUGACAGGGGCCUCACCCUUCACCCUGGAGGGCGAGAGGAACACGCAGGCAGAGGUGUCUCGACGGAUCCUGAAGUGCUCCCCUCCCUUCCCCCCCCGGAUCGGGCCAGUGGCACAGGACCUACUGCAGCGGCUACUCUGCAAGGACCCCAGGAAGCGACUGGGUGCAGGACCCCAGGGGGCACAGGAAGUUAAGGACCACCCCUUCUUCCAGGGUCUGGACUGGGCUGCUCUGGCUGCUAGGAAGAUUCCAGCCCCAUUCCGACCCCAGAUCCGCUCAGAGCUGGAUGUGGGCAACUUUGCAGAGGAAUUUACCCGACUGGAGCCUGUCUACUCACCCCCGGGCAGCCCCCCACCUGGGGACCCUCGCAUCUUCCAGGGAUACUCCUUCGUGGCGCCAUCCAUCUUGUUUGAUCGCAACAACGCGGUGAUGACCGAUGUGCUGGAAGCGUCUGGCGCUGGAGACCGGCCCGGCCCGGCGGCGUUGGCCAGGAGCGUCAUGAUGCAGGACUCGCCCUUCUUCCAGCAGUACGAACUGGACCUGCGGGAACCCGCGUUGGGCCAGGGUAGUUUCUCCGUGUGCCGCCGCUGCCGCCAGCUACAGAGCGGCCAAGAGUUCGCGGUCAAGAUCCUCAGUCGCAGGCUGGAGGAGAACACGCAGCGCGAAGUGGCUGCCCUGCGGCUGUGCCAGUCGCAUCCCAACGUGGUGAAGCUGCACGAAGUGCAUCACGACCAGUUGCACACGUACCUGGUCCUGGAGCUGCUGCAGGGCGGGGAGCUGCUGGAGCACAUCCGCAAGAAGCGGCACUUCAGCGAGUCCGAGGCGAGCCAGAUCCUGCGCAGCCUCGUGUCGGCCGUGAGCUUCAUGCACGAGGAGGCGGGCGUAGUGCACCGCGACCUGAAGCCCGAGAACAUCCUGUACGCCGAUGACACGCCCGGGGCCCCGGUGAAGAUCAUCGACUUCGGGUUCGCGCGCCUGCGCCCGCAAAGCCCCGCAGGGCCCAUGCAGACGCCCUGCUUCACGCUGCAGUACGCGGCCCCCGAACUGCUGGCCCAGCAGGGCUACGACGAGUCCUGCGACCUCUGGAGCCUCGGCGUCAUUCUGUACAUGAUGCUGUCGGGCCAGGUCCCCUUCCAGGGGGCCUCAGGCCAAGGCGGGCAGAGCCAGGCGGCGGAGAUCAUGUGCAAGAUCCGCGAGGGGCGCUUCUCUCUUGACGGGGAGGCCUGGGAAGGCGUGUCUGAGGAAGCCAAGGAGCUGGUCCGAGGGCUCCUGACUGUGGAUCCCGCCAAGCGGCUGAAGCUCGAGGGGCUGCGGGGCAGCUCAUGGCUGCAGGACGGCAGCGCGCGCUCCUCGCCUCCGCUGCGGACGCCGGACGUGCUGGAGUCCUCGGGGUCCGCUGUGCGCUCCGGGCUCAACGCCACCUUCAUGGCGUUCAACAGGGGCAAACGCGAGGGUUUCUUCCUGAAGAGUGUGGAAAACGCGCCGCUGGCGAAGCGGCGGAAACAGAAGCUACGGAGCGCCGCCACGUCCCGCCGCUAUUCUUGCCUAGAGAAUCCCCAUGGACAGAGGAGCCUGGUGGGCUACAGUUCACAGGGUCAGAAAGAGUCAGACACGACUGAGCGACUAAGCACCGCACAGCACAGAAGCUCUCUCGGGGGCUUUGGGAAGCCACUCACAAGGAGUGUCACAGUCCGCAGAACCACCCCUGGGUCGGUGCCAGCCAAAGCUGAUGGCCACUGGAGGCUGCUGGCUGCCAU